AAAAUUUCUCUUUACGCCGGGGUCGGAGGGUAAAAGUGUGCCCGUGAAUCACAAAUGUGAUUCAAAUGGGCUACGUUCUUGGCUUCUAGGGUUUGGGCGAUCGGUCAGAGAAGAAGAGGGGAAAUCUAUGGCGGCGUUGGUCGCUGGUGCCCAGGCGCUGGCGCUGGCGCGCGUUUCUUCCUCAUUGUCAUCUCCCUCUUCUUCUUCUUCUCCUUCUUCUUCCUGCUGUUCGCCUAGCAGUGAAUGCUCGUCGUCAUCGGGAGUGGUGAGCCUGGCGCCGCGCAAGAGGAGCGGAUUGCCGUGCAUUCUUCCCGAGAGGUCGGCUUACAUGGGAGAGAGCGUGUCGGGAUUUUGGACGCGCACAGGGAUUUCGCUGCGGUGUAGCAGGCCCAGGAAGCCUCACGCCGGAUGCAAGGCUUCGAUCGGCGCGGCUGUCUUGGCCGAUAUUGCCAAGGAAACCGUGGCACCAGCAAUUGGAAAGCCACGGGCAGAUCCUAGAACAGUUGUUUCUCUGAUUCUGGGAGGAGGAGCCGGCACUCGGUUGUUUCCCCUCACAAAUAGACGAGCAAAGCCUGCUGUACCAAUUGGAGGCGCUUACAGACUUAUUGACGUGCCAAUGAGCAAUUGCAUCAACAGCGGAAUAAACAAAAUCUUCAUCCUCACUCAGUUUAACUCGGCUUCUUUGAAUCGGCACCUUGCUCGGACGUACAAUUUUGGUAAUGGUGUGAAUUUUGGAGAUGGUUUUGUUGAGGUUUUAGCUGCAACUCAGACUCCCGGGGAAGCAGGAAUGAACUGGUUCCAAGGGACUGCCGACGCUGUUCGACAGUUCACGUGGGUUUUUGAGGAUACUAGGAGUAAAGAGAUUGAGAAUGUUCUUGUUUUAUCCGGAGACCAUCUGUAUCGAAUGGACUACAUGGAAUUCAUUCAGAAACACCAAGAUACUGGAGCAGACAUAACCAUUGGUUGCGUGCCAAUGGACGACAGCCGGGCGUCUGAUUUCGGGCUGAUGAAAAUUGAUGCCAAUGGGCAGAUACUUUAUUUCAGCGAAAAGCCGAAAGGAGCUGAUCUGAAAGCGAUGCAAGUGGACACUACUGUAUUGGGCUUGACGCCUGAAGAGGCCAUCGAAAAGCCGUACAUUGCAUCCAUGGGAAUUUACGUGUUUAAAAAAGAUAUUCUUUUGAAGCUUCUAAGAUGGCGCUACCCUACAGCAAAUGAUUUUGGAUCAGAAAUUUUGCCUGCUUCAGCAAAAGAGUACAACGUGCAGGCUUAUUUGUUUAAUGAUUACUGGGAGGACAUCGGGACGAUUAAGUCGUUCUAUGAAGCAAAUCUUGCUCUUACUUGCCAGGUAAUACUACAGUGCUCUUUUUACUCUUUCUCAAGAUACAUUCUAUCUAUGCAGCCACCAAAAUUCAGGUUUUAUGAUGCAGCGAAACCGAUAUACACCUCUCCCAGAUAUUUACCACCAACUAAGAUUGAAAAAUGCCGGGUUUUGGACUCCAUAGUUUCGCAUGGAUGCUUUCUUCAAGAAUGCAGUGUCACGCAUUCUGUGAUUGGUAUUCGUUCUCGAGUCGAAGCUGGUGCUGAGAUUCAAGAUACGAUGAUGCUUGGUGCCGACUUCUACGAGACGGAGGCUGAGAUAGCAAGUAUGGUUGCAGAGGGGAAGGUGCCAGUCGGAGUUGGUCAGAAUGCCAAAAUAAGAAACUGUAUUCUCGACAAAAAUGUUCGAAUAGGAAAGAACGUCGUCAUCGCCAACAAAGACAAUGUACAAGAAGCAGAGAAGCCAUCCGAGGGAUACUACAUUCGCUCCGGGAUUACUGUGAUAUUGAAAAACGCAACGAUUGCAGAUGGAACUGUAAUCUAGAUAUAGCUAGAAAGCAAGAAAGGUACGCGGUAAGUGUAGAUAUUCUCUCUCUGAGACAACUAGCUUCGCCGUGCAAAAAUAUAUCUCUUGAGGAUUUUGUUG